AGCCGCACCUCACAGCCAUCCAGGCCGGAGCUCAGCCUAAAUAUCCCGGGCACGUAGCUAAGAGGCAGACAUGUUUAGGAGAAAGCUGUCGGACUGGUCGGAUCUGGACACCAGUUCACUGGUUGACCUGGAGAGAGACGGUGAAGAAAUACUUGGCGAGUCCCCAGGAACCGCGCAUAAUGGAGGUGUAAUAUAUCAUGACUUUUUCUGUGUGCAGUAUGGAGAGGAUGACGAAGAUCCAAUAUACAUCCCAUGUACAGACUUCUACAGGCCUCAGCAGAGCGGAAACUUCUUCAAAGAUGGGGAAACGCCAAUUGACUUCAUCCUGGUUUGGGAGGAGAAGAUUCCUUCCAAGAAGCACAAGACACAGAGCUCCUCCAAGGGGUCUGAUCAGCGCGGACAGGGGGGCAGAGCGAGGGGCAAGGCCGCUUAUGAAAAUUACCGUAAACGCUUCCACCGAAACCUGCUGAAAGCCGGCCUCCUGUGUGAGAAGGAGCAGACUCUCAGCGAGCGAAGAUCUCUGCACUACCUGAAACUCAACGCUCCCUGGGACGUCCUGGUGUACUACGCGGAAGAGCUGUGUAUGAGGGCUCCGCUUCAGGCUCAGGCAAAUCCAGAUAACAACACAUCAGACAGAUUUCUCCAGAAGCUGUACCUUCCCAACCCCAUGUACCAGCACGUCCCAAACAAACCGCUGGAUUAUUACACCUGUGCGUUCCGCAAGUCCAAGUUGCAGAGGUUUCUGGGCAGUGAGUGUCAAGCAACGUAUUUCACGAACACCCAAAGAAGCCGGAUUCUUUAUGAGAUCCUUUCACGCACUCUGUAUGGGAAACGCAAGCACGCAGAGGUCGGCAUUGAGCGGAUGAUAAAGGAAGGGAUAUACACAGCAGCGUUCCCCCUUCAUGAGGGUCCUUAUGAGCUACCAGACUAUAAGGUGGCCCCAGAAAGCCUCAACCCGCGCCAGAUCCUCUUCCAGUACUGGUCCCACUGGUCUCAGUGGUAUAAGUAUCAGCCCUUGGACCACAUUCGGGAGUAUUUUGGGGAGAAGGUGGCUAUAUACUUCGCCUGGCUGGGAUUCUACACAGCCUGGUUGCUUCCAGCUGCUGUGAUUGGGACAUGUGUCUUCAUCUCUGGUGUCCUGACCAUGGGUACUAACAGAGCAGCGCAGGAGAUAUGUCAGAGUGAGGAGAAGUACCUGAUGUGUCCCUUAUGUGACACCUGUAAAAACUGGUACAUCUCCGAGAUCUGUCCCAUGGCCAAGGUCGGUUACCUGUUUGAUCACCCUGGGACUGUGUUCUUCAGCAUCUUCAUGUCCUUCUGGGCAGUCACCUUCUUGGAAUACUGGAAGAGGAAGAACGCCACGUUGGCUCAUCACUGGGACUGCAUGGACUUCCAAGAAGAUGAGGAACGUCCCCGCCCAGAGUUUGCUGCGAUGGCACCUCAAAUGGAGCAGAACCCAGUUACUGGGGUCAAAGAACCGUAUUUUCCAAAGAGGGACCGUCUCUCUAGGAUCCUCACUGGUUCCAUGGUGAUUGUGAUCAUGCUCUGCGUGGUCAUGAUCUUCUUGGUGUCGGUCAUCAUGUAUAGGGGGAUAGUCAGUAUGAUGAUGUAUCACACAGGAAACAGCAUCCUCAUGACACAGGCUGGAAACAUUGCAAAUAUCAGCAGCUCAAUGGUGAAUUUAGUCCUUAUCCUUCUAAUGAGUCAGGUCUACACCUCACUGGCUGAGAAGCUAACCCGCUGGGAGAUGCAUCGCACUCAGUCCUUGCAUGAAGACGCCUUCACCUUCAAAGUUUUUAUCUUCCAGUUUGUGAAUUUCUACUCAUCCCCGUUCUAUGUGGCUUUCUUCAAGGGCAGAUUUGUGGGAUAUCCCGGGGAGUACGGCAAACUGAUGGGCAUGAGAAAUGAAGACUGCGGUCCUGGCGGAUGUCUCAUAGAACUUGCUCAGCAGCUCUUCAUUAUAAUGGUUGGGAAGCAGAUUGUCAGCAAUGUGCAGGAAUUUCUCGUACCAAAAGUGAAAUCCUGGCGGCAGCGAAGGCAGUUGGCUAAGGUGCGAGGAACCCAGAUCUUGGAGGAACCUCAACGCUGGGAAGAGGAUUAUGAGCUGAUUGAAUGUGAGGGUCUCUUUGAGGAGUACUUGGAGAUGGUCAUACAGUUUGGUUUUAUCACCAUUUUCGUGGCUGCCUUCCCGCUCGCUCCUCUUUUCGCCCUGCUCAACAACUGGGUUGAGAUUCGUCUUGAUGCCCAGAAGUUUGUGUGUGAAUAUCGGCGUCCAGUGGCAGAGCGGGCGCAACAUAUAGGAGUCUGGUUUCUUAUUCUGGAGGCACUUUCUCAGCUUUCUGUUAUAGUCAAUGCCUUUCUCAUUGCCUUCACCUCAGAUUUUCUCCCACGUCUCCUCUACCAGUAUGAGUAUGACAGUCACCUGGAAGGAUACCUAAAUUUCAGUCUGUCAUACUCUCCGCACAGCUACGUUGCAGCAAACCACACCUUGUGUAGGUACAAAGCUUUCCGGGAUGAAGAUGGGAAAUACACGCUCUUCUACUGGAAGCUCCUCGCUGUGAGGCUCGGAUUCAUCAUUGCGUUUGAGCAUGUGGUCUUCUUCAGUCUCCGUUGUAUCGACUGGAUUGUCCCUGAUAUUCCUGUGUCGGUGGAGAUUAAAGUGAAGAGAGAACGGUACUUGGCUAAGCAGGCGCUAGCAGAUAACCAGGAGGUACUCCUGACGGUGAGUCCGUCCUCCAGCUCCCCAGGUCAGUCAGCGGCACAAUGUGCAUGUCUCGAUAUCUUAAAACCUCUGACGAGAAGCCCCAGCAUGAACCAAGCCCUGGAGUCCCAAUAUUCAUGA